CUUUGCCAGAGGAGCAUCAUUCGAACAGCAGCUUCGAAGUACGAGUACUAAUCUCAACCUUAAAAAAAUCAUCAUGUACAAGUUCGCCGUACUGUUCGCCCUUGUGGCCUGCGCCGUUGCUGCACCCAAACCCGGCAACAUCCUGGCUCCAGCCCUUCAUGCUGCACCGUUGGUCGCAGCUGCACCAGUUGCUGUUGCUCACUCUGUACCAGUUGCCACCAGCUACGCCAACACCUACAAGGUCUCCGUCAGGAGCCCAUUGGUUGCAGCUGCACCUGUAGCCUACGCUGCACAUGCUGCACCUUUGACCUACGCCGCACAUGCUGCACCCUUGGCCUAUGCUGCACAUGCCGCUCCUCUGACCUAUGCUGCACCUGUUGCCUAUGCUGCUCAUGCUGCACCUCUCACCUACGCUGCCCAUGCUGCUCCCCUGAGCCUCAUCCAUUAACUCAACUUUAGAAAAUUGUUUUAGUUGAAAUAUGAAAAAUUGCAAUAAACUCUGUGUUUCUUUUUGAAACUUAAAAUUUGAA